AUGGAGUUCGUUAACGCCAAAAUUCGCGCUGUAUUAAAGUUUUUCUUCGUAAAAGGUGAAUCCGCUAGAGAAAGAUUCCGUGAGAUUAAUGGUGUUUUAGGGGAUGCUACUCUAUCACUUCGAAUCGCGGAAGAAUGGUUUCGACUAUUCAGUGCCGGUGAAAACGACACCAUGGAUAAGCCAGCCGGCGGAAGAGCUGUGACGACAAAUACCGAUCAAAUUAUGGAAAACAUCGAGCUAGACCGGCAUGUGACAUCUCGUGAUAUCGCUGAGGAGAUAGGAGUUAAUCCCAGAUCAAGGCUGGACACAAAAAAGCUAGAUGUUUGGGUGCCGCAUGAUUUGACGCAAAAAAACCUUUUGGACAGAAUCAAGGCCUGCGAUAUGCUUCUGAAACGGAAUGAACUCGACCCCUUUUGGAGGCGGAUGGUGACUGGCGGCGAAAAAUGGAUCACAUACGACAACAUCAAGAGAAAACGGUCGUGGUUGAAGGCCGGUGCCAAAACAGUGGCCAAGUCGGUUUUGACGGCCAGGAAAGUUUUACUCUGUAUUUGGUGGGAUUGGAAGGGAAUCACACACUAUGAGCUGCUCCCAUAUGGCCUGACACUUAAUUCUACCAUAUACUGCGAACAACUGGACCGCUUGAAGCUGCCGAUCGACCAGAAGCGACCAGAAUUGGCCAACAGAAAGAGUGUAGUGCUUCACCUGGAAAACGCCAGACCACUUUGA